CCGUAAAAUCUCCAAAAUCCCAAUCCAAACAGUUCCCUCUUCAUAGAGAGAGAGAGAGAGAGAGGUACUCGAUUAUCUUUCAUCUUCCUCCCGUGACGCUUUCGAUUUUUCUUUCUUGCUUUCUCAAUUCGUGAACAAUCGUUAGAUCUGUGUAAAGAAGUAAAAUGUCGGGGAAAGGGGCGAAGGGAUUGUUGACGGGGAAAACUCCAGCGUCCAAGGACAAAGAUAAGGACAAGAAGAAACCCAUCUCUCGGUCUUCUCGUGCUGGACUUCAGUUUCCUGUCGGACGUAUCCACCGACUUCUGAAGGAACGAGUUACAGCUCAUGGAAGAGUGGGUGCUACAGCUGCUGUCUAUUCUGCUGCCAUUUUAGAGUACCUAACUGCUGAAGUGUUGGAGUUGGCUGGAAAUGCUAGUAAGGAUUUGAAGGUGAAGCGUAUAACACCUCGGCAUCUGCAGCUUGCUAUACGUGGUGAUGAGGAACUUGAUACCCUCAUAAAAGGAACCAUAGCUGGUGGUGGUGUGAUCCCACAUAUACACAAGUCACUGAUCAACAAGUCCUCCAAGGAAUAAACUAUAUAGUAUCAUUCGCACUGUUCUGUUGACCGUGGAUGAGAUGGCAAUUGACAGAUCUGUGGGGGUUAAGAUUUUAGGCUUAGGCUGUCUAAAUUUUAGAUGUUUUAUUUGUGUCAUGUUGUGAAGCUGAAACCGGUUGAUUGAAUUCUGUUUAAGAGUUCAAGAGACAUUUGGCCGUAGGCUUCAUUUCAAAUGUAUUACAUAAAUGCACUCAUGCAACAUGGACAUACUGUUUGUUUUCUGUGAAGUGUGAUACAGAGUCAUGAUUGCAAUUAUUUUUAUUUGUUUGGUCAGGUGAUGAGCUACUGUAGUUAGGUAUGGUCAUUGUUGCUAGUAUGUUUCUGUAUGUCUCUGAUUUUUGCACUUUAAGAUUUCAGCUAGCCAGGUGGGUUUGUGAUUGUAUAGCUCCGGUGAGACUACCCAGUGAAUGAAUUUUGUACUGAUGCAGCUGUG